GAAAAUUCACAAACUAGAGGGAUGUGUUUGCAAUUAAGAUAAUUUAAAAGGAUCUUCAUAUAAAUCUACCCGCCAGCUAUUUUCCCCAUCUGUGUACCUCGCCUGCCCUAAUUUGCGCGUGAGAAAUUCAUAUUCAAAACGCAGAUUUUCCAUUCGCUUUGUGGUGUGUGUGCGUGUUGGGAUUUUUUUAUAACUGUUUGUAAUUAAGAAAGAAAGCAUAACGGAGAAUGAGUCGGAGCUUAGGAAUUCCGGUGAAGCUGCUGCACGAGGCGUCGGGGCAUGUGGUGACGGUGGAGCUGAAGAGCGGCGAGCUCUAUCGAGGAAGCAUGAUUGAGUGCGAGGAUAACUGGAAUUGCCAGCUUGAAAACAUCACCUAUACUGCUAAGGAUGGGAAGGUCUCACUACUGGAGCAUGUUUUCAUCAGAGGUAGCAAAGUCAGGUUCAUGGUAAUUCCAGAUAUGCUUAAGAACGCCCCAAUGUUUAAACGCUUGGAAGCUAGGAUCAAGGGUAAGGGUUCAGCACUUGGAGUUGGACGUGGUCGUGCUGUUGCUAUGCGAGCUAGAGCCCAGGCUGCUGGUCGUGGAGCCCCACCUGGUAGAGGUGCUGCGCCACCAGUACGGAGGUGAUCACGCAGGGUAAUUAGCAUACCAGUUGGUCUUUUACUAUUAGUCAUACGAUGCUCGAUUUCAGUUUCUUCGUUUCCCUGCUUACUAAUUUUGUAGUCUGGAAUGAUUGAUAUAUACUGGGAGGUGACUGUUUUUCCAACGGCUGUAAUUGCUGCUAUUGUUCAUGAUCUGUGUAGGUGGUAGAUGCAAGUUAUGCGUUA